UUAUGCACUACGAAUAAUAUAUAAGUCUAUAGUCGUAGAGACAAAGCUCCGUCUCUCUGAAUAACAUUAAAAGAAUUCAGUAAAAUCGUCAGUAGAGAAUCGACCGUCGGACAUUAAGGAUGGAUCACGAAAUAGAGCAGUGUAAAAUCAAGACUACCGUUCAGAAUAAAAACGUAGACUCGGACGUGGAAUAUGCGAUUAAAUUAAAUCGCUGGUUAUUGAAGCCAUUCGGGAUUUGGCCGUUAAAUUCAUCGUCGACUCAAUUCGAAAGACUAGUAUCAGUAAUCUCACAAUUCGUUUGCUGCUUCCUACUGCUCUUCAUGAUGAUUCCGUCCAUUAUAGAAAUGUUUGUCAGUGAAAAAAAUUUUAAAGCAAGACUCGAUAUUUUGGCACCCACGAGUUUUUCUGUUACGGUUGCUAUAAAAUAUAUUGUAUUUAUGACUCGUGGUAGACAGCUUAAAACGUGUAUCGAUACUAUCAUUAAUGAUUGGGGUAACGUCCGUGAAAAGCAAGAACGUGAAAUGAUGAUACGUAACGCAAGAAUUGCUCGACUUUUCGCAAUAAUUUGUGUCUCGUUUAUGUAUUGCGGUGGAAUUUUUUACAGUAUCUUUUUACCUCUGAUAACGGCAAAGUCAUUGACAAGUGGCAAUAACUUGACUAUUAGAAUUCUACCAUAUCGAUCCAAUUAUAUACUGUUUGAUCCAUACGUAAGACCAGUUUUUGACAUUGUGUAUAUUGCGCACUGCUUCUGUAGUUUCGUUAUGUGUUCCAUCACAACGGGCAUCUGUAGCCUAGCUGCAAAGUUUGUGAUGCAUGCCUGUGGACAGUGCGAAAUCGUUAUGUCACUUUUGGAAAAUCUUAUUGACGACGACAAACAAUGUUCUGAUAUUGUGGAAAGCAAGUUGGCUACUGUUAUUUUACAACAUUUGCACGUGAUCAGAUUUGCGACGCGCGUGGAGGAUCUUUUAAACGAAGUGUGUCUUGUGGAAUUUUUGGGCUGCACUAUGAACAUGUGUCUUAUUGGAUAUACCAUUCUGACGGGAUUGGAAUCAACUGACACUACUAAAUUCAUUACUUACUCAGUACUAUUUCUAUCCUUCACGUUUAAUAUUUUCAUAUUGUGCUAUAUCGGUCAAAUUUUGACAAAUCAUUGCCAUCAAAUUGGAGAAGCUUCAUACAUGAUCGAUUGGUAUCGCAUCCGAGGAAUCCAAGCACGAUUUUUGAUAUUACUAAUUGGUAUAGCAAAUCGACCAAUGAGACUCACAAGUGGUAGAAUGAUCCAAUUGUCUUUCCCGUGUUUCUGCAACGUGAUAAAAGUAGCAAUGACAUACCUAAAUGUUCUCAGAAAAGUCACAGCGUAAACAUGAUUAAACUGUAGCCUGGUAAGAUAAUAUAAAAUGUAAUUAUAAGCACAGAAUUCAGUAUUCGAUUGUGAUAUCAAACAAAUUGUCUCCUGAAGGUAUUGUAGUGAAGCGAAGGUGAAAAGAAAUCUGUAUCCAAUGUCACAAUCGAUAGCUCGUAUCUUUGAACUAGAAUUUACUCUGCACUUGUACACGUGUCUCUUCCCAAAAUAUAGAAAUGUACUUUGAA